UUGACCCUGGGACUCAGUGGGCUUGACCCACCACUAGUGUCAGCAAUGGUGAUUCAGGGAAUGGAAGUGUUCGCCAUAACAGUGGUGGUUUUGCUGUUUUUCUUGGUACUCAAGCAGUUUGGGAUAUGGGAGCCUCUCUCUCUCGAAGACUGCAGUGAGAGUGAGCUGGAGCUGGCCACGGUCAGACACCAGCCGGAGGGGCUGGACCAGCUGCAGGCCCAGACCAAGUUCACCCGCAAGGAGCUGCAGUCGCUCUACAGAGGCUUCAAAAACGAGUGCCCGAGCGGUCUGGUGGAUGAGGAGACCUUCAAGAUGAUAUACUCCCAGUUCUUCCCACAAGGAGACGCCACCACAUAUGCACACUUCCUCUUCAACGCCUUCGAUACCGACCGCAGUGGCUCCAUCCGCUUUGAGGACUUUGUAAUAGGUCUCUCAGUGCUUCUAAGAGGCUCAGUGAAUGAGAAGCUGCGAUGGGCUUUCAACCUUUAUGACAUCAACAAGGAUGGCUACAUCACCAAAGAGGAGAUGCUGGCCAUCAUGAAGUCCAUAUAUGACAUGAUGGGAAGAUACACGACCCCCAGCGUCAAAGAGGACGACCCGUUUGACCAUGUCGAGAAGUUCUUCAAGAAAAUGGACAAGAACAAAGAUGGAGUCGUCACCUUCGAUGAAUUCAUAGAGACGUGUCAAAAGGAUGAGAACAUCAUGAGUUCUAUGCAGCUGUUUGAGAACGUCAUCUGAAGUGCGGCGUUCUGCGUUCUUCCUUCCGCGUUCUCUGUCCUGCACUCCUCCUGCACUCCUGUGGACCCUGCCGCUCCAUGGGACUUCAACCAUCAGGGGGAGCUGUUGUCUCUACAAGAAGAGAUGGGAGGGAACCCAUACUACAGACUUAUCAAUAACACACAGGAGUUAUGCUCAGCUGACAUCACUCCUACUGUGGACUGACAUGAGGACUUCACUCUGAAGGCGUUUGCAUGCUUGCCUAUGAUUGGCUAAUGUGUGAACUCCGUUGCUCUGCAGCUGCACUGAUGACACAUGCACUACUUCCUCUCUGGAGCACUCAAAUUGACCUCUGACCUCUUGAGCUACACGUGUGGAUCAGAUGACCACCUCUUCUGUUUUCUUAGAUGGGUUUGAUUUCUGUUGCAUGAUAUUCACCGUCACUGUUAAACAGUAGCCAUGUCUACUGUGAGAGGUCCCAGUUUAAGUUAUUUUUGCCAUGUUCCUCAUUAGUUUAAUGUAUUUUUUAAUGUAUUACACUUAAAUGCAUGAUUUUCUCUUUGGAAGAUUCUUGGAAGAGUUGUAUGUUCUCUUUGAAAUGGGAGCUAAU